AUGGCGGACACCAAACCCACGACCCAGAAGUUCUCCAAGGGCGAGCGGUCAAUACCGCAUGCGUCGCAGAAGGCGAGCAAGUACUACCCUGCUACGGACGUCGCCGUCCCCAAGAAGACCCGUAAGACUCUCCGCCCGGCGAAGCCCCGUGCAUCCCUCGAGCCCGGAUCCGUCGUUAUCCUCCUCGCUGGUCGUUUCCGCGGCAAGCGUGUCGUCCUCCUCAAGCACCUCCCCCAGGGCGUGCUCCUCGUCACCGGUCCUUUCAAAGUCAACGGCGUUCCUCUGCGACGAGUAAACGCCCGAUACGUCAUUGCUACUUCGACCAAGGUGAACGUCGAGGGUGUAGACGAGGAUGUCCUGAAGAAGGCCAGCGAAGACGGCUACUUCACCAAGGACAAGGCCUCCCGCAAGCCUGGAGAGGACUCUUUCUUCAAGCAGGGCGAGAAGCCUGAGAAGAAGGAGACCGCCAAGGACCGUGUGGAGGACCAGAAGGCUGUCGACAAGGCUCUCUUGGCCACCAUCAAGAAGGAGGCUCACCUUGCCGACUACCUCGGCGCCAGCUUCAGCCUUCGCAGCUCAGACAGGCCACACCAGAUGGUCUUCUAA